AUGCAGAACGGCAAACCGUUCACAACUGAAGCACCGACUUACUUCUGGGAGACCAAGCUAUGGCAUUCGCACAAGAGCCAGCAUGCAGCAGUGCCUCCACAGGACCCCAGUGCACAUGGCAGGGCGGCAGGGGAGUCCCCUGCACGCGAGUUCUCUCUACAGGAGCUCUGGGCUGCCACGGAUGGCUUUGCUCUGAGUGCACGCAUUCAGGAGGGGCCGUUUGGGCCGCUUUUCAGUGGCAGGCUGGCAGAUGGCUCGCCAGUGGCAGUGGCUCGGCUGGACCCAUCACCCCAGGGCGGAUGGUCAGAGGAGCAGGUGAGGCAGGCAGCACUGCAGCUGGCGCCCCUGCUGCACGGCAACCUGGUGCCGCUGCGUGGCUUCUCUGUGGACGGUGGAGAGAGGCUACUGGUGCUGGAUGACUUCUGCUGGCGCGCGGGCCACCUGGGCACACUUGCCUGCGCGUUGCACCACCCAAGCUCUUCCCCCUCUGCUUUACACGGCGCUGAUCGGGGUGGUGAAAUUGUGGCUGGGACCAGUGGUAGCACGUGUUUUCUGAGCUGGGAUGCGAGAGUGGAAAUCGCUAUUGGUUGCGCCCAUGCUCUCAGGUACCUGCACGAGGACUGCCGCCCACCCGUCGUGCAUGGUGCCAUCUCCUCCUCGCUCAUCUUCCUUGACGCGCACUCUCAGCCUCACAUCGCGCAUGCUGGCCUCGCUCCCCUGCACGGCGCCACUGUUGCUGCCUACGCUCAUACGGACCAGCUGGUGGGGGCGUUCGCCUACAGCGCACCAGAGCAUGCAAUGACGGGCGUCUUCACGCCCAGCAGUGACGUGUACAGCUUCGGAGUGGUGCUGCUAGAGCUCCUCACAGGCCGCAAGCCCGUCGACCCCUCAAAGCCCAAGUCGCAGUCUUCUCUGGUGCGCUGGGCUGCUCCCCGCCUUGCCUCUGCCUCGGCCCUCCCGUCACUCCUCGAUGCAUGCAUGCCUGGCCACCCUCCAUCGUCCACCGCUCUCUUGCACUUCGCCCGGCUUGCCUCCCACUGCAUUCAGCCUGAGGCGGAAUUCAGGCCCACCAUGUCGCAGGUCAUAGCAGAGCUCUGUGGCAGUGUGCGCGCUGCCGUGCCCUCCGCCCCCCCAUUGCCCGCCUUGCUCCCCAACCGCGCUGCUCGCACUGCUUCGAGGUUCGGCAGGGGAUCUGGUGGACGGGAUGAGAGGAGGGUGGCACCAGUAACAGAGGAGGAUGAUGGGGAGGAUGGCGCGAUGGCUCGUGCUUCCACUCUCAACUCAAUACAGUACUGA